UGUGGUUGAUACUCUUAUCUCAUCCUGUAGGUGAACUUCGUUAGCUGGCUGCUGUUGUUAUUACAACUACUACCACUAGCUCGCUCGCUCUUUCUAUUAUUGUUUGUCUUUCGGUUUUUAACUUUUUACCUUCCCGACCAGUGUAUUUCUGUCAAACCCGACAUGGCUGAAGCAACUGAACAGAAGGCCGCCGCCACAACCAAAAAAGCAGCAAAAGCAAAAAAAGCUUCCAGAUAUCCGGCUUACAAUACCAUGAUCACAGAAGCUAUCACUGCCCUUGCUGAAAAAGGGGGUUCUUCUCGUCAAGCCAUUAUCAAAUAUAUUGUCAAACAGUACAAAGUAUCUCCCGAUGACAAAGGGGCUAUAGCACAGUUAAAAUUGGGUCUUAAACGUGGUGUACGUUCUGGGGCCUUGAAACAAUCCAAGGGAUCCGGUGCAUCUGGAUCUUUCAAGCUCGGUUCAGCUAAAAAGGAAGAGAAAAAGAAGACAAAGGCCAAGAGCGCCGGUAAAACAAAACCAAAGAAGGCCAAGGCUCCGAAGAAAGUAACCAAGUCACCCAAGAAGACAGACAAAAAAGUAAAGAAAGCGAAAGUUGCCAAACCCGUGAAAAAGCCAAAAUCACCAAAGAAACCAAAAACAGCUGCCAAAAAAAGUACCAAAUCUAAACCAAAGCCAAAGAAGUCUGCAUCCAAGAAAUAGUUGCUGUUUAAAGGGAGUGAACUAAUGUUUCUAUAGAAAUACUUUGUAUACAGACUGCAGCCUCCAAGAAUACAACAGAAAACAAUCAUUCUUCAUUACUUAACAUCCUGAUGUACAUAUAUUAUACACACAUUGUCUGAGUUCUCGAGCUGCUAUCCAUCUCAACGACAGCUUCGAUAACGUUAGUUGGUGUGAGGAAGUUUUCUCUUGUGAUUGCCCCAACUAUUUGGUCUGUUAAUUCCAGAAACUUUUAAAAUCUAUAUUUUUAGGGCAAAAAAAAAAAUGUAUUUUGGCUCAUCGCUGUAUACAAAAAUAUUUCAUCCACUUUUCAGCACAUUUCCCAUGAAUACAAAUUAGUUUUGUCAUGUUCAUCAUUCAACUCUCACCUCACCAUAAUAUCUUCGGAUAUUAAAAAAAACAUUUGUACUAAAAACUCAUCACCUUAAACUUUUCUCAUCGAUCUUCAUCGAUCGAUUACUUUAGGGGAAAAACGUUAAUAUUAAACUUCACUCUGUGAGUGAAUCCUGAACUGAUCACGCCAUUCAUUAUCCCUCAUGAAUAAUCAAAUGCGUAUUUAUUUAAUCACAACACCAGUCCCAACACUGACACUAGUUCAAACUUUCAUUAUAUCUCGCCCACGAACACUGUCUAUUUGACUCUGAGAGGGUUCUUGUGGGGAUUCAUUUUGGAAUUUGUCACGUUCCAUGUACGUACAAAUAAAAUAUGAACUUUA